GAUCCGGGCUGGGUGCAGCGGCGGGGCUGUCCCGUCCCUGGUGCCUCGCUCCCGGGUCCCGUGCGGGGAGGGACCGGGGCUAACGGCUGGAUCCGGGGACGCUUCUCCCCAUCACCGCAAGGGGAGCAUCGCUGCCGCCUCCCUGCGCUGAGCGCUCGGCGGAACCCCCCGAUCUGGGAGCUGGCCCAGGUAUUUUUGAGCUGACUUUCUUCCAUGACUACUAAGAUCAAUUAAACCAUGGAUACUUAUACCAGGGCCCGAAGCAGUCAAACAAAGCCUAAAGUGUCAGUGAAAAAGGAUUUCACUGAUGGUGUACUACGCUCUGUGAAAUCAUUGUUACACAGCAGAAAAGAAUUAUGUAACGUGUCCGCUGAAGAAUGUUUAAGGCAGGAGGAAAAGGACAAUUUUAUUGAGGUCACAUUUCUAGGUUUUGCUGGAGAGACAAAUGCUGCUCAUAUGCAGGAAUUGGCUGCUGUUUCUGUAGAGCUCCCAGAUGUUCUGAAAUCACUCCAUUUCUGUAGUCUAAAUGAAAAGGAAGUUAUUUUCCUGAAGGAUAUAAAUAAACCCAUGGAAAUCAGUGAUGUCUGUAAACAUCAGAAUCAUCUUUCUGGAGUGCUUUGUGUGAUGAGAUUGUCUCCUUCGUUCCCAAGGAUCAAAGUUGAUUCUAUAUUUACCUUACUGAGCAAAUAUGCUACUGGUGUAAGAUAUACAAUGGAAGUAUACUCAUUACAGAAACAUGAAACAGAGAUGUCCCAUGCAGAGGAUGAUGACACUAAUCAGUCAGUGUCUUCAAUUGAGGAUGAUUUUGUCACUGCUUUUGAGCAUUUAGAUGAGGAUGAACCUUCAAAGAUACAAAAUGCUGGCACAACCUAUACUACUCAGAAUCACCGGGAUGCUGCUUCACAGACCAUCCCUGCUCAUUGUUUAGAAGCUAUUGACUCAAAGAUCAUUGUGCGCUCUGGGCAUCGAAAAUCAUCUGCCAAAUCUUCUGCUUCUCUGAUAAAUAUCUUGGGACUUAAAGAACUGUCCUCAUCUGUAAAGAAUUCAGUCACAACCUCUAUUUCUGAUCCUUGGAUACAGAGGAGUUUUUACAAGCCAUGUAAUUCCUCUGACCAACGUGUUAAUGUUUUGCAUAAAACAUUGUUUUCUUCUUCUCCUGCUGAAUCAUCUGAGUCAGAUUGCUCCAGCCCUAGCCCUGUUAUCUUCUUAGAUGAAGAAGGGUAUCAAAAGAGCUUGAAGGCAAAACUUCAGCUACCAAAAAUUCCAGUAGUGAAAGAUGGUAUAGAGGACUCAGACUCAGAAGUAAGUGAAUUUUUUGACAGUUUUGAUCAGUUUGAUGAACUGGAACAGACUCUGGAAAGUACUUGUAAACUUAUAAGGGAUCCCAUCCUUGGUAAUCCACCCCAGAAGAGAGAGAUUUCCCUUGAACAAUUGCAUUCUAAAACUACUACUAUGAAUCCUCAAAAAUUCAAGUUUGAUCGUCCCACUCUUCCAGCCAAUGUAAGGAAGCCAACUCCUCGUAAACCAGAAUCGCCCUAUAGCAGCCUCUUUGAUGUUCCAGACUCCCCUCGGCCAAUGAAAACAGGAGAAGACAAUGGAGGUUUGUUCAGCCCUAUAAGAUCAUCAGCUUUCAGCCCACUAGGGAGCUGUGCUUCAACUGAAUGUCUUUGUCGGAUGGAUAUCAAUGGAGAUGGGCUUAAUCAAAAUCAUGAUACACUUUAUAGUGAAUAUUCAGAUUAUGUAAACAAUGUUUCAUUUGAAAUCCUGGGUUCUGUUUUUCCUUCUCAGUCUACAUUACUACAGAAACAUGCUGAAAACAUUUCCAGCCUUAAUAGGAUUGUCUCAAAAGAGGAAAAAGGUCAAAACGCAGAACUCCAGAGGAAAACUUCUGACAAGGAGCCAGCUAAAAAAGUUAAAUAUAAACACAAAUCACAAAUGAUUAAGGACAGCAUACAAAAAUUUGCAGCAGAACUGGUUGAAAAAAGUUUUGGUACUGCAUUUAAAGACUUACAAAAAGGAGUUUCUUCAUGCACCAAUGCACUGUGUCACUUGGCUGCUAGAUUGACUUCUUCAGUCUUUCAAAUGGCUUUUUAUGAGAUAGGAAGGCGGCGAGCCUUGUCACUGAAGGAACGUGCCAUUAAUGGGCUAGCAAGCUUUUUGGUCAGUGAAGCUAUAACAAGUGCUUUAAAAGAAAUGCGAUACGUGAAGCAACAAAUAUUUACUAACACAGUUGCAAGAUUUGCAGCAGACCUCACCGAGGAACUUAUUUUUGAGGGAAUCAUGGAAGUUUGCCAGUUUUCACAUCCAUCAACACCAACGACUGCGCGGGAUUGGGCCUUUGAUUAUGAAGACAAAGUAGUAAGAUCAUAUGCCAAAGAUUUGUCUGAAUCUGUCAUUCAGGAAGCUUUCAUUGAAUUAUCACAGGUUGAUGUUACCUUCACAACGCAAGCAGCAAUUAGUGUUUCCAUGGACAACAUAAAAUAUGUAAGUGCAGAAAGUCCGUUGCAGUCAACACAGACUACCACUGCUUUUCCUAAUUUUCAUGAUAAUGCACUUUUAGCAUUGAAUCCAGUACAAGAAACUGGAAAAGAAUAUACUGUACAGCAAGCCUUGUUUUGUACUUCUGGUGUUGUAAGUUCAAUACUAGUACCCUUAGCUGGAACAGCACUUUAUCAACAUCAGGCUUCAUCUGAUGUUUAUAAGGCAAAAGUAUGGACUUGUUCGACAGCAGGUGGCAGUCUGAAAAUGUACAAAAACGCUACACAGCCAUAUUUUACAACAAAAAAGAGAGAAGAGGAAGUGGCUUCUCUUAGAAAUAUUUACCUGACUGCAGAUCACAGUGAAAGUACUGAAAGUAGUGCACGAUGUUUUUUUAACCAGAAUGAUUUCAAACAAAGAAAUAAUCCUGAAGUGAAUAAUACUUCAGAUUUAACAACUGGACCAACAAGCAUCAACAGUUUCUCUGGAACAAUGGUAGAUAUGAUAGUAAAUGAGGCAUAUGAAGCAGUAACCUCAUCCGGGGUUACCAAAACAGUGGAGGAAUAUACAGAUUGUGUAACUAGAAAAACACCUCGUUGGCAGUGUGUUGGUGGAGAUAUUCCUAAGAAUACUUUUGCUGAUCACUUGGCCAAGUGUAUUGUAAAACAGUCUGUAGAUGAAACUAAAUCUAUGUUCUCCCACACAAAUGAGACUGUGGAAUGUAAUGGAGGCUUACAGAUGAACACAGAUAACUGUAAAAAAGAACUGCAUAGUGCAGUAAAGAAACAAGAAUCCGAGAAACACAGAUUUGUUCCUAUAAUUGUGGAACCACAGCAGCUGCCUCUGAAUAACCCACCUAAUUUUCUUGUUACGUCAGUUGACUCUGCUCAGUGUUUACUUUCAGUACCUAAAGAUUGUGUUCAGGAACGUAAAGGAAAUGAAGUAUGUAGGUUUUCUUCAAGCACUCCACCUCCUUGUCCUACUGUGACUCUCGCUAGUUGUAAUGUGGAAGAGUUUACUGAUUCAGGAAGCAGUUCAAUAAAAUCCCAAAGUAAACUAUUGAAAAAAUAUGAUAUGCAAAAAACAACGCUAGCUCCUUCAGCUUUGGGGCAGGAGAGCUGUUUUCUACAUGCAAGUAACCUUUCUUUGGUGAUGUUUGGCUGUGAAGAUUCUUUGCAGAUGGAAGAUAAAUCAAGCAUCAGAGAUGGAAAUGUCUGUGCAGUACCUAAUACACCACCACCAACUCCUUUAGUACCAUCUCAGACUAGUUCUGAGCGGAACCUAAGGAAGCUUACCAAGAAACUCAAGGGAGAAUUAGCAAAGGAGUUUGCACCUGCAACACCGCCUUCUACACCUUAUAACUCAUCUGCUGCUGCCUUGUCUGCAACUGAACAUGACUCCUUGGAAAAGGAAGAGUUUAUGCUGAAACUCAUGCGAUCACUUUCUGAAGAAGCUGAAAGUAGUGAAGAUGAAGAACACUCUGAAAUGCUUGUGGAGAAAACUGAACAUUCAGAGAAAACAGUACAGUAUGCUGAUCAUUUAGCUGGUCAUAUCAUUUCUGUGGCAACUGAAAUGGCUGCUUCCCAUUUAGAUGAUAAAACAAUUAAAAGAAAAGCUGACAGACACUGCCAAUUAAACGCACAAAACAAAAUAUGUGGGUAUACUGCCUUUAUAAAUAUCCCAGAAGAAACUUUACAUUCAUUGUGGAAUUAUGCUGGUGAUAUGGCUGGAAAGGUUAUCAAUGAGGCUAAGAAGAUGAUAAAAUCAAGGCAUUGCAAGCUGCUGAGGUUGAAGCGGGUUAACUGUCAUGUAGAUUGUCUUUCUCUCAGAAAAGAUGAUAGAGACUGUAGGUCAAAAGAGAAGUGGUGUCCGGUAGUAAACCAGUGGUCCGGAGAGGUAGAUUCAUCUGUACUUUCAUUACCUCAGAGUUUAGGAACAACCGGUCUGACUUACCGGUAUCCAAGUUGCGAAAGCGUGACUGAUGAAUAUGCAGAUCACAUCAUUCGAGUUCUGAAAAGGGAAGGUGGCAACAGUGAGUUAAUAAUGGAUCAAUAUGCUAGUAGACUUGCUUAUAGAUCUAUAAAAUCAGGCCUACAACAAGCUGCCAGGAAAAUCAAGCUGACAUACAACAGAAGAAUGUUUCCUGUACAGAACACACAGGUAAAUGGUAGGCUUGAGCUGUUCAAGAUAUUGAACAAAGAUAUGGAUACAAAAUGGCAAAUGAAAAGUGGUGUUCAAAGGUGUGGAGGCCAAGCCUGUGAAAUAAACAAUUUACACAGAACUGAUGGUACAGAGUUGUUACAUUUUUCUGAAUCCCUUGCUCAUCGUAUAACAUAUGAUGUCAGAAGAAAACUGAAAAUGUCAGCAGUUUGCUUGCCAAAAUCCUUAACAGAUUCCUGUCUAUAUAGAAAAUCUAAAUUUGAUGAAACCACAGGGGACUGCCUUAAAACAACACUUUCUAAAACAGUUCCUCCUUUCUCACAAAAACAUAAAUUGUAUCAUAGCACAGGCAAUUUAAAUGAAUAUGGCUAUCGAGAAGACAUCAUUCAAGCUAUAGAAGAGUAUGCUAGAAAAGUAGUGGAUGACACCUUAGAAAUGAGUUUGGAGUCUGCUGUUCUCCAAGCUGCUGAAAACAGGAAAAAUGGGGAUAGAUUCACUUACACAGAAAAGUUGUUUCCCUUUUCUGGAACAGCCUGCAGAUACUGUAGUAUGAAGGAAUAUCAGUAUUGUACUGGAAGUUCAUCUCCACACCUGCCUGUGCAAGAACCCCUCCCUAGAAUCAGGCAGAUCCCCAAUUCAGGGUUGGGUGGUAUCUGUCAAAAAUCAAGAAUGUUUCACCUUGAUAUUCCCAAAAUUCACAUUGACAUGGAACAGAAGACAGUAUUUUCUGAGAAGGUGGUUGGUGCAGCUAUUGAGAAAGCGGAGAGAGAGCUGAGUAACACAAGUCUGACAGCUGAUAGUGGUAUUGGACAUGGUGGAGUCAGCUUUGCUGAAAGCCUUACUACAGAAAUAAUGACUUCAGCUAUGACUAAUAUUGGUCAGGUUGUUAACAUAAGUUCUAUGGGAAGAGAAGGAUUUCACUCAGCUGAAUCUGUUGUUAGCCAGCAGAUAAGUCUCAGUAUUGGUGAUGAUAGCAUUGGCAGCUGGUCCAAUCUAAGCUUUGAAGAUGAACAUCCCGACGAGAGCAGCAGUUUCCUUCACCUCAGUGACAGUAAUGGUAACAGCAGUAGCUGGAGCAGUCUUGGUUUAGAAGGAGAUAUGUAUGAGGAGAAUUUAUCCUUUCCAACAUCAGACAGUGAUGGAACAGAAGAUAAAGAUGAAGACCCCAAGAAUGCUGUAGAAGGUGUGGGGCAGGUAGGAAAGGCAUUGCUAAUAGUGAAUGUUGACAUGGAACCACAUAUGGUGGACCCCCAGCUGAGAACAACCUUGCAGUGGCUGGCAGCUUCCGAAACAGAGGUAUCUGAGCUUCGUUUUCAUGAUACUGCUACGAAGGAAUUCAUUCUCCUUUCAAAAAGACUGAGAGAGAGAGGCUGGAAAGUGGGAGAUCUCUUGCAAGCAGUGCUGAAAUACUGUGAAAUGAUGGAGAAGAUGUCUGAUGGGGAUAGACUUCUGAAUAAACCUUUAUUUGGCUGGCUUCUGGAAAAUGUCUGAAAAAUCCAAAGACCCAAUAUUCUUCCCUUCAUUCCUCCUUUAGAAGGAGACAUGAAGGACAAAGAUGUAUAGCGUUAAAAUUUAACUGAUGAAUGGUCUAUUAACUGUCAACAUUUUAAGAGGCUUUGGGGUGAAAGUAAAUAUAGCAGUUCUGUAAGUAUUUUGUGACGCUGUAUACGGUAUGUUUAUCCAGUGCAUAUCUUCAUAAUUGAUAUCAGGGUAUUGUGUCCAUCCACGCAUAUUUGUAUAUACUGCUGUGUUCAGACUAUAGAAUGUGUAUGACGAAAGAUCUUAUCCAUGGACAAUAGUUGACAAGUGAUAAAACAGGUUAUGCAGGGAUUCCCACUGUAUUGGUAUAGUUUAUAAUCUGAGGCAUACCAUAUUAAUAGCAUUAUUAAGUUUGAAUUGCUAAAGAAACAUGUGUCAAUUUUACAUGCAACCAUUUUUAUUGCAAAUUCUAUGUUUUGAAGCAUUUUGAUAUGUUGGUAUGACAUACUAAUGCAUUAAAAAUAGCAAGUACUUGGAGAUUUUCCUCUUGGAAUUUUGCCAUCUUUUCAGAAAAACAGUUCCUUAUCCCUAAUCCUCCACAGAUAAAGGAUUUUUGUGUCACAAACUGACCUUCUGAAUAAGGACCACAUUAAAAUAGUAAAUUUUCUUAAAAUAUAAAGAGAAAAGUUUUUUGCAAAUUGUCAUUUUUCUUCAAUAACUUUUGCUAAAAUUCUUGCUUUAAAGGAAGCCAUUCAAUCAAGUCUUUUAACAAAUGGAACUGUGAGUUUGGUUACUAAUGCUGUCUACUUGUCCUGUGGUUGAAGGGUUUGUCUGUGUCUUUACAUGCCUAUUGGUUUAUAAGUGCCAAUAGUUCAUCUUCUUUUGUUUUACGGACCCUUUAGGGGAUAAAGUGUUCCCUGACGAAUACCAGGAUGCUGUGUAAAAAGUGAUGUCAUUGCAAGAGAAUAAUGAGGCCUUAUCUAUUUUGGGUGGCUAUAGGAAUUUAAACAUCCAGCUGACUUGAAAGGACUGUAGCUGUUUAAAUCACCAAAUUUAGAACCAGAUCCUGAGAAGUUGAGAACUAACAAUGGAAAUUGCAUAUGCUCAGCAACUCUCUCAAUUUCAUCUUUGGUUAUAGAUAAGGGUCCAUGCAUAGGGCUGGUGAACCCACCAGCAAUUUCCUUGCAGUGCCAUUGUGCUUUGAAAAAGUAUGCGAAUGCUCAUCUUUUAUCCAUUACAGUAAUCUGUAAAAAGACCACCCCCCGCCAACAUUGGAAUAUAUAUAAAAAGUUAAUAUAUACAACCUAGACCUCUGACACCAGUUUAAAUUUCCAGUUUCUAAUGUCUGCCCAAGUACUGUUACCCGAGUUUAAAUUCAUGUUGCUGUAUCAUCUCAUUAAUUGAAAAAAACAGUUGGUGCCUCAUGGCAAAAUUUAAAAAAAAUCUAUUUAGAGAUCAUUUUGUUUCAUAUGGGCAAUUUGAUCUAGUUGAUUUAAGCAUAGCACAAGGAGACAGUUCUAAUCCUAGUUUUGCUUCUGAUUUGCUGUGUGCCCUUGCCCAAAUUACUUAACUUCUUUUGUCUUAAGUCCCCCAAUGUGUAUAAUGCAACUAAUGACCAUUGUUUUUACAGUGCUUUGAAAAUAUGAAGAAUUAAGGUUUGUUGUUUUGUCAUCCUCCCCAAGCCCCACUCCUCUCCCUCCCCAAAAAGGAUAUUUUUCAGGGGCUUUUGUUUUCCUGGUAUGUGUGCAUGUUUGUGGUUGGUCGAUUGUCUUUUUUUUUUGUUGUUGUUUUUUUUUCCCCAGAACAUUGGCUCUUUCUGCUUAGUCCUCAUUUGAACCAAGCUCUGUUUGUGACCUCUCCUGGUUGCCAGAGCAAUCAAUAGAAUUAUCACAAAUAGAAAAUUUCGUGGGAAUCCUUAUCCUGAACAAAUCUGAUUGACAUACUCUGCCUGUUAAUGAGGAAAAUUGUCUUCUAUUCUAAAGUGAAUCAAAUUUGUUGGUCUCUAAGCUGCCACAAGUACUCUUGUUCUUUUUCCAUAAACUAGUUAAUUUAAACCAUUCCCUUCAGCAUACAAGUGUAAUGAAAUGAAAACUCACCGUGAAUGAGACAGUGGGCCAAAUGAUGAUCUCUCAAACCAGAGCAAAUCUGAAGUAUCUCCAGGAUUUAGACCAAUUUAAUAGAGCAGAAUUCAUCCCAUUAUGUGUACUGUGUGUAUGUAUUGGCAUACUAAAAUUAGGGAAACUUGUUUUGGUUAUUCUUUAAUUUUAGAUUGAUAGAAAUAUAUGCAAUAGCUGCACUGUUCCAGAAUACCAUUUAGUAACCAAAUUAUAAAUAUAUCUUUUGGUAAGAAGGGUCCCUCUAUAAAAUAACAGUGAAAAUGACAGUGUUAAAACAAAUAUAUUUUCUCUUCAAAUUUGUAAAACAAGAUGCAAACAAAAGCUUUAAUAUUAGGAUUUUUAAAAGGCAUUUCUAACAAGCCCAUAUGGUAAAAUGCCAUUAGCAAGAUCUAGUAUUUCUCUUUCAAAAUGAGAAUACAAAAUAACUCAAGCCUUUUAAAAUGUUAUAUAAAUAGUACAUCUCUCCUUGAUGCUCUUUGAGCUAAAAAAUCACCAUUCCAGAACUUAUGUCUUUCAAAAGAUGUAUCCGAUUUUGAAUGUUACAUUUUUCUAAUGUAACUGUAUCUAUGGGACCUCUUCUCUAAAGAGAUGCUCAGACUUGGGAAGAUGGGAACGCAGUAAGUAGUAAACAUUGUCACCAGCACGAGAGGAGCUAGUAUUUGCAUUAGCUAUUUACAAAGCAUUAUUUGAAGGAAUAAAAUAUUGGUUUCAGAAAUUUGUGUUGUUUUUGGUUUAGUUUAACAAUUUCAGCUUUUCAGCAAGAGCCACUACUGUCAAAUUUAUACUGUAUUUGAGCUUUGAAGAGGCAGGUACAGUGUCUGACCACUGUAGUCACUUUAUUUUGUACCAUCUUUGUACAUUCCUGUUGUAUAGUUGGAGCUGUAGUUCUAGAGGGUCGUUGUUCUUUGUAAUGUCUGAAUAGUAUUUAAAACCAACCUUUAUUGUUGUUAGCUGUAACUGCUGCUUUUUUGGUUACUUAUGCAUUCUUAUGAUAAUUAACAGCCCAGUUCAGUGACUCAGUUGUAUACGAGAAGCAGAGUGAAUAACUUUAAAUGUUUAUGUAACUAUACUAAAUGAAUGCAAUAUAAAGGUCUUGUACUGUAAAAAAGUGACAUCUUUUGCCAUUUUAGUAAUUUGAUAAUGUAUUCAGUUACCAGAUUAUGAACUUCAGGUUGCACUAAAUUUGUCCUUGUUUUUCACAGUGGCUUCAAAUAAAAUAAACACAUCUUAUGUGCUUUC